AUGGCAGUUCGACUGGCUUUCAGGCAGACAAAUAAUAUCUUUUCCUCUUCCACUCAAGAUAAGGUAGGCAACCUUAAAAAAUUAAAGAAAUUCGAAAUCCUGCUACCAGAAAACGAAAGUUUAUCUUCUAGAUCUAACCGAGCAACUCCAAUAAGCAAAACUCCUGACCUACGCAGCUCUUCAAAAUUGAAACAAAGAGCUGCAAUUUUAUUCAAACCGAUGAAAACAGAGGUCACUGAAAAAAAAUCUAUCACAACUCCAAAUACCCCACGGAGCCUUUUUCUUAACACCCUUACGCCAAUUCAAAGGCCGAUCCAUAUUUCUUUUGACCUAGUAAAAAAUGCAAUGGAAAAUAAGACAAGUGAAGACUGUCAAACUUAUUUCCCUAGGCCAAGCUCGUCAGCAAAAAUCCUGAAACCUAUAAACCAUAAAAGCCAAAUUAUAAGAGCAGUCACCCCAACCAUAAAAAGUGUGAAAACAGAUGAAGAGCUCUUUAAGUCGCUAUCAGCAGAAAUGGUAACUCUUGAAAAAUCAAAGAAAUUUUUCCGCAAAAGGGUCAUAAAAUCCAAAACAUCCGCCACCUGCAGCUUAGAGGACGAAAAAUCAGAAGAAAAAGUAACAGAGCUAAUCAUCAAAGACCAUCUCUACCAAACCUACUUAGCCUUAAAAACCACAAGAGAGCUUUCUGCUCCUGAUAUCCAGCUUGUCAGAAUCCGACAAGUAAAUUUUCCAAAAAGAUCAGGCUACGAAAACAAGAAAACAAUUGUUUUCGAUCUAGACGAAACAUUAGUGCACUGUUGUGAAGAAAUAAAUGGGGACUCUGAUGUCCAAAUAAACGUAACUUUGCCUUCUGGAGUAAUUGCCAAGACUGGGAUCAAUAUAAGACCUUAUGCUAUAGAAUGUUUAAAAGAAGCAAGCAAGCUGUUUGAAGUCAUUGUAUUUACAGCUUCACAUAAAGCCUAUGCUGAUGCUGUAUUAGACUACCUUGAUCCUAAUAACCUAUAUAUCCACCACAGACUGUAUAGAGAAAGCUGCAUCUACUUAAGAGGGAUUAUGGUAAAAGAUUUAAGGAUCCUGCUUAACAGAAAACUCCAAGACAUCGCAAUAGUUGACAAUUCUGUGUACAGCUUUGGAUUUCAGGCUGAUAAUGGAAUCCCCAUAAUUUCCUGGACUAACAGGAAAGAAGAUAAAGAGCUAUUGAGCUUGAUAAAUUAUAUGAAAUUGUUAGCUAAAGCCCAUGAUGUCAGGAUUUUAAACAGGCAAACUUUCCAACUCCACACAUUUUAUCAGGAUUAUAUUGAUGAGUUUAUUAACAGUAGUUAA